GUUUCUAGGCUGAUCGUUGGCCCCCCCGAGGCCGGGCGCUGCAGCAGCCUCUGCCGUGACAUGGUUCCCACCACAUCCGGGGCUGUGGAUGAGGGGCUGGCUUCCCGUGUGACUGGGAUGCUGCCACCUGCAAAGCAGCAGCCCUGUGCCCGGAGCAUGGCGGUGGGACAGCCUGUAGGGGACAAAGCGAGGUGUCUGUGGAUGGCAGUGAAUCAGGCGGUACUGGCUGAGAGGAACCAGAGCGUGGCCCCUGUGGGGGUUUGGGUGGAGAGCGCCCAAGCUGGUGGCAGAUGGGAGGAGAGCAUUGCUUUCGCUUCAGCGUUUCAGGUUGAAGAGGAGCUAAAGGAGCAGCAAAAGGAAAAAGAGGAAAAUCUGAAACGCUUCCAGGGGGAAGUGAAGCAGAGGGUGAAUCAGCAAAUCAAGAUGAGGAGAAAGCAGCAGCUCCAGAAAUCCUGUGAAGCGGCAGAAAAAGAAAGCUCUGUUGUGAUGCGAUGUUCGGAUUCUGCACUGCACUUGACCCCUAAGAGGAAUACAUGUGUGUAUCGAAGUAAUGCAGCAUCUGCCAUCUGCAGUUCUGGUACCAACUUGAUCCCUGUGCAGCAGCUUCGUGCCAGUUGGGAGGAAGAGGGAAGAGAGAAGCAAAGCCAGUUGUUCUAUCAACAAGCCAACACACUUAGCAAAACUAUGAAACAGGUCCGUCGCCGGCUAGCGUCCUGCAAAACAGUGCCCAAAGGAGCAGGCCCACCCGAACUUCCAGGAGGCGUCUGGGGUGUCAGCACAAGCAGAAAUAAACCAGUGUCUCACAGGCCAACUCCAGUGCAUGGAGAAGAGUGUGAGGAGUUUCCUCUGGCAGGACAUCAUGACCUUCCCGCUGAACUACAAAACCAGGCAACAACCAAAAAUCAGGCUGAGCUGGGUGAUGACAACUUGUACUACAAACUUGAAUUUGGAAAACUUUAUAAUGGAUUAAUGAAGGCAUCCGACUCUGCUGGCCCAUCUUCAGGAUUGAGCACUGAUUUCCAAGCUCCCCUUGUACUUUGGCCUGGGAUAGACAAAGAAGAAACCAAGAAACAACGUCAAAAUCAGUAUCUGAGAUACAGACGUCUCUUCAUGGAUAUCGAGAGAGAACAAGUAAAGGAACAGCAAAGGCAGAAAGAGCGGCAGAAGAAAAUUGCCAAAAUUAAGAGUGAGAAGGAGCACCAGCGUCGUGCAGAGGAGCAGAAGAUCCAGGAGAUGGCCUACCAGCAAGACACCUGUUCUGGGGAGAAAGCAUGUGAAAUACUGGCUCAACUCAGACUGGAGGAGAGAAGAGUAAGGAAGAGUAAGGAAAAGCAACAGAGAAAUAAGGAAUACAUGAGAUACAUGGAAGCUUUAAGAGCUCAAAUGAGGGAGAAGAUAAAACUGUAUAACAUUGACUUGCCUCCACUGUGCUGCUGUGGGUCUGAUUUCUGGGACUCUCAUCCUGACACCUGUGCCAACAACUGCGUGUUCUACAAAAACCACAAAGCUUAUGCUCGAGCGUUGCAGUCGGUCAUCUCCUCAUGUGACAUUUCGGAUGGGAAUUCAACCACACGACUUGCAAUCCAUAACUUAGCUUCAGUACAUGCACCUUCUGUGAAGAAUCCAUGAAAGGUCGCCCUGGAAUCAGCUUUUACGAAUGUUCAGCAGACAGCUGGCCCGGGCACAGGGCAGACGGUUGUUCCCCGGAGCAGUUUUCUGUCCCAGAGCAUUCACUCUCUUCUUCGUUUGUUAGCCCUUAUCUAGAGACACUAGGUUUGUUUUGACUAAUAUUCAUAUUCAGGGUUAAAUUGUACCUCUGACUCCUUUCAUCAUGUGUGAUCCAUAUACACUACGGAAGGUGAGUACUCCAAAGGCCCAGAAUUAGCCCUGCUGCUACCACUGAUCAGUAAUGCAGGGAUCUAAUGUAAA